AAAGUUUCUGAUCAAAAAUAGUACGCCGUUUGUAUUGUGUCACACAAUUCACUGCUGACUCGCACAUAGUUACUUAAGUUUUAUCAGUUGUAUUAAUUAUAUUUACUGUGUUUCUAUAACCCUCUCCAGUUACGAGCAAGUUGUUUUUUAUUGCAACUGUACUUUAGUAAGCUAUGAAUGUUGGGGCAAGGAGUGUAACGCAGUCGAAUGCUGCAACGGAUUCCAACUUGUCAGGCCACGCCCGAGCCCCAAAGAACUCUCCUUUACUUUGUGUGAAUGUGAGCGGGGGAGUGUUCUACAUCCACACAUCUGACCUAGCCCUCCAUCCUGACUCUCUCCUGGCUCAACCUGAAAAACUCGAACAACACUUCGAGCACGCUCUCAACUCUUAUUUUUUUGACAGGAACCGUCAUGUGUUCGAGUACAUAGCGACAUUUUACCAAACUGGAAAGCUAUCUUUCCCCGGCGAGCUUGACAAAGCAUUGGUCGAGAGAGAGCUGGAGUAUUUCGGACUGCAACCGGUUGAAGUGGAGAAUAUUGCUAAAGUGGAAAAGGUGGUGACGAUGAGAAAAACACUCAAGUCUCGUAUACAUCUCUUUCUUGCCGAUCCUAGCAGCUCAAACUAUGCUGCAGCUUGGGCAGCUAUGGACAUAGCUUUCAUCAUGAUAUCAAUUAUCUGCUUCAUACUGGAAACGGAGCCAGGCUACCAGGAAGCAUUUCAAAACCCGGGACACAGCUGGUUCCUCAUGCUGCAGUGGGUGGAAAUGGUUGUGGCUGUCUUCUUCACUAUAGACUUCAUUAUGAGGGGCUGCACCUGGCCUUCCUUUAGAAAGUUCCUGUCCAGUUCCCAGAACAUUAUAGACCUCCUUUCCCUCCUCCCUUUCUACGCACAGCUCUGCCUCUCCCAAUACAUGAUCCUUAACUUCGGGAAGAUAUUGAGAGUUCUCAGGAUAUUCAGAGUCAUCAAACUAUUCAAGUACUUUGCAGAUAUCUUUCUCAUCAUAGCAUUUGUCUGCAACGCUUGGCAGGAAAUAAUCCUCAUCGCCAUGCUAACGGGAAUUCUUCUCAUUCUCUUCGGCUCGCUGAUAUAUUUUGCAGAAUACGACCCACAAUCUAAAAUAAGGGAACACCCACCCGUCUACUCUAUAAUGCAGGGAUUAUGGUGGAGUAUGGUAACUAUAACCACGGUUGGAUACGGGGAUGUUUGCCCGGAGACCUUAACUGGACGAUUUUUUGGCUCUAUCCUGGUGAUAAUAUCAAUGGUGGUACUGACAUUGCCAAUGACAGUGGUGAUAUCUAAGUUUAACAGAGCGUAUGAACACGAAUCCAGACAAACGGAGAAACUGGUGCUACUAGAUGGUCCCCCCGAGAGAGAACAAACUACUCCUACGGGAAUCAGAAAAGGAGGACCUGAUCAAUUGUUAAAAAUCCCCACAGCAUCACACUACCCACACAACUGUUCCCAGGCUCAUGUUGCUAAGCCUUCCCCUAAUACUCUCAAAGUUCCUGCUAAAACCAUCCGACGACCUUCUUCUAAUGGUUCCCGUCACAAUAGUGAUGAACAAUGUUCUCAAGAGAAGGUCACAGCUGGCUGUACUGAGCGAAGUCCUUGUGAAUUAGACUCAACCUUGAGCAGUGCAGUCAGAAACUGUCAUUGUAUUUGCAAAUGUCACGACAACUUUAGUGACAAAUACCUUACGUUGCUCAAAACUGAUGGCAAUGGCAAAUGUGAGUUGGAUAUGAAGCAGAAAGACCAAUUUUCAUGAACGCAAAUAUUUCUUUCCAAGUGUGGCUGAGAACAUACACCGACUUUACCUACAUAUGUUUCUGCUGUUUUCAGCCAUCCCUAGCUCUUUUCAAUAAGAGGGGAAAUAUGGAUGUAUCACAAAUGAAAGCCGACCGGAUUGAAAGUUUCCGGGAAACAUUUUAUUGACAAUUUGACUAAAUAAGUGAUUAACGUAAUAUCUCUAGUUUUUAAUGUAAUAUAACAAACAUUGUCCAUUGAUAUUUUCUGUUUUCUUC